CCGUUUAGCUUCUAAUUUUUUUUGCGGUAUUAUUUGACUGCCCAGACAUCACCCAAUCUCUUUGAUCUAUUUCAAUUUAGUUUAAAUUCUCUCCGCUACCCUUAUUCACUUUCAACUCAUUGGCAGAUUUUAACUACCAUAUGUAUGUCAGCACAGAAAACCCUGAUUAGAUGCAGCAAUCAACGCAGCAAUUAAAUGAGUUUCUAUGAUCAUUGGUCGAUGCCAAAUACAUUUUUCUGGCAUUACGGAUUUAAACUCACCUUAAUAAAUCUAAAACCCAAAUUUAAUUCCAAGGCAAGCAGGCAAUAUAAUAUCAAAGAGUGCAACAUAAAAAAUUUUCUUUCGUAUCAAGUUGAUCUCAAAGUUGAUGCUCUCGAUGGCGCUGGAUCUUUGUUAACCCAAUUCUUUGAACCAAAAACGAUGAGCUACAGAUGACAAUUGUCAAUAAUCCUCAUUGAAUAAAAAUGAACGGGGAGCAGCAUGCUUUGCCAGCGACUACGCAGGGGCAGCAAGAGGAAGUAAACGUGGGUCAAAGUGGUCGCUCUUCGUACCCAAGUGGAUUGGCCACUGGAUCUACGCUUGGAAAUGUGGGAAGUAUUCCCCAUUCGUCAGCAGAUCUACGCGUAGGUACAGCAGUAGCCUUAGCCUCUUCGGUAGCUAAAUAUUGGGUCCUGACCAAUCUGUUUCCUGGGGGGCCGCUUCCUCAGGUUUCCGUAUAUCACCAUCCUCACCAUAAUUCCUCGCAUCGAAGCACCAGUGGUGAUCCUGCAAACAAGGAAUCUGCUUCUUCCUUAGCUCAAGAAAUGGCCAUGGCUUCAACUUCUCACCAACAGGCUUCUACUUCACAUCACCAUCAACAAACUUCAGUUAAUGCCAACAAUCAACAUAACUCCCUGCACCCGAAUGCACAGAUUCCAGUAUCCCUGCCUGGUUUGGGCUUAGACGGAACCCACUUACCUGCAAGUGUCAGUCACUUGCACGCCGCACAUGCGCAAAUGCAGCAACAAAUGCAGUCACAGCAGCAACAACUGCAUCAGCAGCAGCAGCAGCAGCAACAACAACAACAACAACAACAACAACAACAACAACAACAGCAGCAGCAACAACAACAACAACAACAACAGCAGCAGCAGCAGCAGCAGCAACAGCAGUCCCAUCAUCAAAUGCAGAAUCAUCAGAAUAAUCAAAAUAGUGGACAUAGCCCUCAAAAUCAGCCUAGCAGCCAACGUGACGAGAAUAAAGUAAAAGAUGAAGGUGGUAGCUGUACUACGGAAAGAUGCAGCGAUAAUCAAGUGCACUGUCAGGUUCAAUGCGAUCUACAGUUGCAACCUCAGGCACAGUCAGAUAUGCAACAAAAUCUAAUGCAGCAGCAGCAACAACAGCAACAACAAAUCGGAGUGACUAUUAGUGGCAAUAGUUCGACCGAUGCUGGAAAUCAAAACAAUUCCGAUACCUUGAAAACUGAGAAAGACAAGGAAAUGCGCCAGCAGAGCAUGGCACAAUUUCAGUUACCUGACCUCAAACCUGGGGGUCAUAUGAUGGAUGUCAGAACAGCUGAUGGUUCAGUUGUAAAAAUAAGUGCUGGAAGCGAGCAGGAUCUUGCCAAGACACUUGGCGUUGAAAUGGUACAAAAUAUGUACAAGAACAUUUUUCCUUCGCAGGUCAACGUUGAAGACAUCAAUCAGCUACUGGCUUACCACGAAGUUUUUGGUAAGCUGCAGAGUGAAAUUGCAGCUGGAACAACAUUGGUGGGUGGAACCGUACCUACCCAAACUGUAACUACAAUACAGAACGGAACCCCAAUUGUGCAACAGGUGCAGCUAAACAAAUUUGAUAUCAAGACAAGCGAUGGUGAGGCAACCCCAGGACCAAGUGCAUCUCCCGUCUCCGUAGGUAGCCAUGCCUGUGAAGUCUGUGGCAAGAUAUUCCAAUUCCGUUAUCAGCUAAUCGUGCAUCGCAGAUAUCACACCGAACGGAAACCCUUCACAUGCCAGGUUUGUGGUAAAGCAUUUACAAAUGCUAACGACCUCACACGGCAUGGUAAGUGCCAUCUUGGUGGAUCAAUGUUUACAUGUGCAGUCUGUUUCCAUGUAUUCGCAAACGCGCCGUCAUUGGAGCGGCAUAUGAAACGGCACGCAACCGACAAACCCUACAACUGUACAGUUUGUGGAAAAAGUUUCGCUAGAAAAGAACACUUGGAUAACCACACUCGAUGUCAUACCGGCGAAACGCCUUAUAGGUGUCAGUACUGUGCAAAGACGUUUACACGCAAAGAACACAUGGUGAAUCACGUGCGAAAGCAUACAGGUGAGACUCCACAUCGCUGCGACAUUUGCAAAAAGAGUUUUACUAGGAAAGAGCAUUUCAUGAACCACGUUAUGUGGCAUACCGGAGAAACUCCGCAUCACUGCCAGGUCUGUGGAAAGAAGUACACAAGAAAGGAACAUUUGGCUAACCAUAUGCGAUCACACACCAAUGAUACACCCUUUCGUUGUGAAAUUUGUGGUAAGUCGUUCACACGGAAAGAGCACUUCACGAACCACAUAAUGUGGCAUACCGGCGAGACACCGCAUCGCUGUGAUUUCUGCUCAAAGACGUUCACUCGGAAGGAGCACCUCUUGAACCACGUUCGCCAGCACACGGGUGAGUCCCCACACCGAUGCGGCUUCUGCUCCAAAUCGUUCACCAGAAAGGAACACCUUGUUAAUCACAUCCGCCAACACACAGGGGAAACGCCAUUUCGCUGCCAGUACUGCCCGAAGGCCUUCACACGUAAGGAUCACCUGGUUAAUCACGUUAGGCAGCACACGGGUGAGUCACCGCACAAGUGCCAGUAUUGCACCAAAUCGUUCACGCGGAAGGAACAUUUGACCAAUCACGUGCGUCAACAUACAGGCGAAUCGCCACACCGAUGUCACUUCUGCUCCAAGUCGUUUACUCGAAAAGAACAUCUGACCAAUCACGUUCGAAUUCAUACCGGAGAAUCCCCGCACAGAUGCGAAUUUUGCCAGAGAACUUUUACCAGAAAAGAGCACCUUAAUAAUCAUCUCCGCCAACAUACCGGUGAAUCUUCACAUUGCUGCAAUGUCUGUUCCAAACCGUUUACAAGAAAGGAACAUCUCGUUAACCACAUGAGAUGUCAUACUGGCGAACGCCCGUUCGUAUGUACCGAGUGUGGCAAAAGUUUCCCUUUGAAAGGAAAUCUUUUGUUCCAUAUGCGUUCUCACAACAAAGGAAGCACUGCGGAGAGACCAUUCAGAUGUGACCUCUGCCCGAAAGAUUUUAUGUGCAAAGGUCACUUGGUUUCCCAUAGACGCUCCCAUUCGGAUGAAAGACCUCACAGUUGUCCGGAUUGCGGAAAAACCUUUGUUGAAAAAGGAAAUAUGUUGAGGCAUUUGAGAAAACACGCUGCCGAGGGACCUCCUACCCAAGUUAGCACGCCUUCCGCUAUCCCUCAACCAGGAGUAUUGCCAAUACCAACUGCUGCCGUCUUGGUUGGACAUCCUCUGGCCCCUUCAGCACCACCAGUUGUGCCCCAACACACUGUGGUUGUUCCAACACCACCCGGAGUGUUGACGUCGUAUUAAACGAUUAUUGAACAAUCCACGAAUGCAUUGCUAUAGUGGAUAUGUGACAUGAAUGAGAGUUAAUUAAUUUUCCCGUAUUUGCUUGACACGGGAUUGUUUAUUAAUCUCGGUCGAUUUGUCAUUGGAAGUUUGUGUGCUUUCCUCUUCAUCAUUGUGUCAAUAUCUUCCUUGUGUAUAAAGAAAUGCCGUGGCGAAAACAAGUGGUGUUUCCUGAUCCACGACGCGUUAAACAAGAAUCACUCUCACGUCAAAUAUGCUAGAUCUAGGUAUUCCGAAUGAUUAUUGAUUUCACGUCGGUUAUACGUAUUCGUCCUGUCAGUCGCUAGUGCACGCCAAAUUCCUAUUGGCUUUGUCGAUUUCCGUUGCGAGUGGCGUUGGAUCGCCCCAUACGUGUAUAAGCAACGAUUCGACGAGAUAUAUGCGGGCUAAUAUUGGUAGCAGCGGCUGAUUUAUAUUCAAAACUUCAUGCUUGCAAUCCUAAAAUGAUCGGCGUAUCGCAUUCACUCACUGUCGUCGAACUGAAUUCUAACUAUGUUGUGAAAAAUUAUUAUUUUUGUUGGAGUCCAAGGGAACACAAGAGCUAUUAGCGUGAGACGAACCUUAUGAUUUCAAGUAACUUCACGACCUCGAUUUAUCUCCAUAGGUUCUAGAAAUUUGAAAUUUCUAGCUUGUGAAACUGGGCAUUUUCAAUCUGUUUUGAGAGGCCUAAUCGUGUAGACGAGUAACCAGAAAUUUGAAAGGUUCCCGAUGUUGUGGCAGAAGAUUUUUAAAAUAAUUUGUUCUCCAUGAUACAGUAAAAGAACAAAUAAAUGCACCCACAUUGCCAUCGCAUCAGUUAUUUUCCGAACGUGAUCAUAAGUACCAGUUUUACCUUACCGGCUAGAAUUUUAUUAGUCGCAAAUAUGAAUAUACCCAAUUUAUUCAAUCGCAUAUUCCGAGUUGAAAUUUAGCGUUGCCGCUGCCUGAAUUUCGGACAUCAUAUUUAAUACCUAAUAAUAAUGUACAUUAUAUUAUAGCAAACACAAUUCCAAUAUGCUAUCGAGCAAGCAUUCGAGAAUUUCAAAGAAAAUCCGAUAAAUUGUUUAUUGGCAGCUAGUAUUUUCAAGUUUAUACACAACAAAAACACUGAAAAAAAAGGAAACCAAAACUUGUGUUUCUUUUCGUUAGUUUACAAAUAUCAAAAAACGAAAAUUUUUCAACAAAAAUAACGCUAUUCAACACUAACUGUACAAUUGGAUGAUUCUCGGGUUUAGAGUUAAUUUUUUUUCAGUUAGUUUGGAUUUUUCUCACUCUUAUUUUGGUCAUUUCAAUUGAAUAGGUACUGCCAGGUUCUCUAACCAGCCUUAAUAUUUAUAUGGUCUGAUAUUGAUUCCGUAAUUGAUUAUGAAUCUGGGGACUUUUUUCCAUUUAUCGAAUUCAUAAGAAAUGUCAUACUCGUAUGAAAUUUAUGUAUAAAAUUACGUAGUUGGCAAAAGUUUGUUGAGUUGUAGAAUUAGAGGGGGUUGGGAUUUUCGGCAAAAUUUGACUAACGAAUUUCCGAAAUGCAGUGACUCUACCUCAUUUAUCAAUGGUCAAGGACUUUCCUGUACAAGAGAAAGAAAGUUAUGGAAUAUUUUUUUAUUUUUGAUUCUUAUCUUAUCCGAUGAUAAAGUUUGUUUUUGCAUCGGUAGAGUAAACCUGUUUCUAAUUUAGAACACAACUUCUCAUGCAUCACUAGUUUUAGCAAGAUAAUAGCUUUUUUUGUGUUGAGUGCAAUAUGCUUUUUACUUAGAAAUAACGACAAUGCUCGAGUAAUUAAUCACUAUCUUUGGUAUCGACGAUAUUUCGAAUUUUUAUUGAAAGUGAAAGAGCCUCUGUCUAAAUAAAACAAACACGUUCACUUUUAUAUUAAUAUCGAUUAACAUUAAUGUCAACAUAAGUAAGCCAUGCAGAGAGCGUGGGAGGUUUUUAUUUGAGUUUUUUGUCUUUUGUAUGUAUAACGGAAGAAAAAAAAAAGUAAAGUGAACGGCGUGUUGGUAUAGACGUGAAUUAUAGUAGAGCUGCGUCUUAAUUUUACCAAUUGAUUUUAACAUUUGACAAAAUAGCACUACUAAUAAAGAGACCGUAAGGCCAUGUAUUUCGUGUUUAGCGUUAGGAUGAAACCACAUGGAAUAUAGGUAUUUAAUAUUAUGUAUAUUAACACCCAAUAUUAUGGUAUACAUAUAGCAUAUACAUUUACACACAUACAUACAUACAUAUACUAUACCUAUGCAUAAUAUGCAUACAUAUAUAUACGAAAGGGUUCUAUUCUCCGUAUGCACAAAACACGGAGUUUGUGCGCAAUUGCGAAUUUAUAAUUUACAAAAUACCCUCCCUUCUAGCAUUUUAGAUUCAUAUAAUAUAUUAUUAAACAUGAUAAACUAAAUUCCUUCGAAUAUAGUUGACAUAUAACGCAUUAUUAUCUAAAGUAAUAAAUGUUUUGAAACAAUAUUAUGUGAAUGAGUGGAGAAGUUAUAUUACAUAGAACAUAGACAUUCAUUAUAUUCUCAGAAUUAUAUAUAUAUAUUGUACAGGUUGUAUCCGAAAGCGAGACAUUUAAUCAGCACACGAAUCGUACCAAAGUAAGUCAUUCAGCCAAAUAUUAUUCAGAUAAAAGUUGUAAGAUGAUAUAGGGAUGCAAAGUUUUCGAAUCCAAAUGCCUCUGUGAACUGUUUUUACGUUUUUUCUAUGACUCAUUUUUAUUCGAAUUUUUCUCUCCUUUAGUAUUCUUGUAAACAUGUUCUUUGUUAUUAGUGAUGCAACCAUUCUUGUAUUACUUAUACAUAUAAAAUAAAUGCAUUUGGUUUAGAAAACAUUGCAUCCCUAUAUCUCCAUUAUCUUACAACAUUUACCUGAAUAAUAUUUGGCUGAAUGACUGAGUUUGGUACGAUUCAUAUGCUGUCAGAAUAAAUGCCUCACUUUCGGAUACACCUUGUAUAAAUAUUAUUAUAUAUUAUAUAUAAAUAUAAAAAGUAAUGAGGAAUAAAUAGAGAUAAUGUUUAUAUGAAUUAUUAUUAUAUGUUAACAAAGCAGAAAAAAAAAAAAAAAAAAAGAGAGAAAGAGAUAUAAUUAUAGAUUGGUUUAUGCUUUCAAAGAGAUUCAAGCUGUCAGCUGGUAUUUAACUUUUUUUCUGUACAAAAACUGCAAGAAACUUCAAAUUUGAACGGACGUAGCUUUUGACGAAUUAAACGACAGUUCUAAAAUACUAUGCAUGAACAGCUUAUUAUCUUGCUCUUGUUUUUUAUACAUAUAAUUUUAUCCAUUUUGCCAUUCACCGUAGCCGAGGUGUCGCAUUAGAUUCUAAAAAUGAAUAGCGUCAUCACCUGAAGUAAGAAUAAUUUGAAACAGGUGUAUUUUCGGUCCAUUGUGAACAACGGUGAUGGAGAUAAUUAAGAAGUGGUUUAUUUUUUAGAUAGAAGAAAAUAUGUAUAGAAUUUUAUUAUGCACCAUUGUAAUAUUAUGUAUCCCAGUUGUGAAACAAAAUACACUGGUGUUAUGUUAAAUGUGA